GGAAGUCCAUUCAUUCCUAUGAGAGCCUCCGUGAUGUCUGAUGUGUCGGCGAAACUCCUCUUAUUUUAACUAAUGAGCGCUUGAUAUCGGAUCCUGAUGGUCGUUAAUUACGUACACAGUUAGCAAUUACCUCCCUUGAUCAAGCUCAGGACCAGGAGGAGUCAGACGGAGACGGAGGGUCCGAGCACGGAGCUCUGCAGCCAGACCCUACCCGACCACUGAAAAUCACCACAGCUCACACACCCACUUGAAGGAGCCUCCCCCUGUCCUGCUCCAGCCAUUGGACUCCCCAGUAAAUGAUUAACCGCAUCAAUCUGAGGACUCCUUCCGCAACAUCCUCACAUGGACGAACAGCAACAGAUGGAAAGAACACCUAGGUCAUUGUUCAAGUAGAGGGACCCUGUUUUUUUAAUAGGUGCCCAGAGAAAACAACAGAUUUACACAGUGUUGAUGUCACAAACUGAUUGAUUUCCCUCUGAGUGUCCUGCAGCUCAUAGUAACAACACAGAUAAAAUCAACUCCGGGCCAGACAAGUUGACCAUUAACCUCCCCUGCUGAUUGCGCGCACGUUUCUGCUUGUAGGCAGCCUAUUCUGCAGGGGAUCCUGUAGCAAAGUUCACUGUCACAGGCCGCAGAAACACCAGGAGCUUGCUCCCACCUCUGGAUUUGUCCUCUGUUCUUUCCACCUUCUGCCAUUUUUAUAGAAUUUAAUCCGCAGACAUGGCUAAAGCAAGUUAUGGAUACUACCGAGCCACUAUAUUUUUGGCCAUGUUCGUAGGCUACACACUGUACUACUUUAACAGAAAAACUUUCUCUUUCGUGAUGCCUUCGCUCAUGCAAGAAAUUGAGCUGGAUAAGGAUGACCUGGGCAUGAUCACCAGCAGUCAGUCUUUGGCCUACGCUAUCAGUAAGUUCAUCAGUGGCGUGCUUUCGGACCAGAUCAGUGCCCGCUGGCUCUUCUCCAUUGGCCUGUGCAUGGUGGGAGGCAUCAACGUGGUCUUCUCCUGGUCCUCCACUGUUGCUGUCUUCUCCGUCCUGUGGUUUUUCAAUGGCCUGGGCCAGGGCCUUGGCUGGCCUCCCUGCGGUAGGGUGCUGCGCAAGUGGUUUGAGCCCUCUCAGUUCGGGACAUGGUGGGCCGUUCUCUCCUGCAGCAUGAAUCUGGCUGGCAGCUUGGGCCCCAUUAUUGCUACAGUGCUGACCCAGAGUUACAGUUGGAGGACGAUACUGUCGGUAUCUGGGAUGAUUUGUGUGGUGGCCUCCUUUUGCUGUCUGCUGCUCAUCAAGAAUGAGCCCAAGGAGGUGGGGCUGCCCAAUAUAGACACAGGAGCCAAGAAGAGCAAAGGAGGAGCCUCCACUGAUGAGAGCACCCUGUCGGAAUUCCUGCUGUCACCCUAUCUGUGGCUGCUAUCUGUGUCCUAUCUGGUGGUGUUUGGGGUGAAGACAGUCUGCACAGACUGGGGCCAGCUGUUCCUCAUUCAGGACAAGGGCCAGUCUGCGCUUAUGGGUAGCUCAUACAUGAGUGCCCUGGAGGUUGGAGGCCUGUUGGGCAGUCUCGCUGCAGGUUACUUCUCUGACAAGGCGGUGGCCAAACAAGGCAUGAAACUCUACGGCAACCCUCGGCAUUUCAUCCUGAUCUGUAUGAUGGCUGGGAUGUUUGUGUCCAUGUACCUGUUCAGAGUCACAGUUUCUCCUGACAGCUCAAAGGUGUGGAUACUCAGUUUGGGUGCUGCUUUUGGUUUCUCCUCUUAUGGACCAAUAGCUUUAUUUGGAGUUAUAGCCAACGAGAGCGCCCCAUCCAACUACUGUGGGACGUCACAUGCUAUUGUUGCCCUGAUGGCCAACAUUGGCGGUUUCCUGUCUGGACUACCCUUCAGCACCAUUGCCAAGCACUACGGCUGGGAAACAGCCUUCUGGGUAGCAGAGGUCGUCUGUGGCAUCACCACUAUUGGAUACUUCCUGCUGCGCAACAUCCGCACCAAGAUGGGUCACGUGUCCAAGAAGACCGACUAAAACAUCAUCACACCUCAUCCUCCGCACCCAGAGGAAAACUGAGUAUUCUGAGCCAUCAUCGUAUUGUCAGAUAUUUCUUACUUGAUUUUUUUUUUUUUUUU